AUCAAACACCUACUUAAAUUAUCAGUGUUGUGGUAGAUCAAUCAGUAAGAAACAUGGAGAGCACUAAGCAGCUAGUUUUCAUUCCAGGGCCAGGAAUGGGUCACCUCGUUGCUGCUGUUGAAAUUGGCAAAUUACUCAUCAGCCGAGUCAAUUGUCUUUCAAUUACUUUCUUCGUCAUCGAUCUUCCAAUUGAAACCCGAGUUCAUACCUAUACAAAUCAAUCGCAGUUGAACCAACGCCUGCAGUUCUUGCAACUUUCUUCUCCUCAAAGUCAAACUAACCAUCUUUCAAAUCGAGAAGCUCUUCUUGUUGAAACCUUCAAUAAUUCGAAGGAACUAGUAAGAAAUGCAAUAAUCCAAAACUUCAUGACGACUAGUAGUACCAAUCGACUUGUUGGUGUGAUUGUUGACAUGUUUAGUGACAAAAUGAUACAAGUAGCAACAGAGCUAGGUUUACCAAGCUAUGUGUUCUUCACUUCUAGUGCUGCUUUUCUUGGACUCAUGUUUUAUGCACAGACACUUAAAGAUGAACACAAUCGUGACAUCUCCGAUUUUAAAAACUCGGAUACGUUGCUUCCUGUUUCGACUUACAUCCAUCCUCUUCCUGCUAAGGUUUUGCCCAAUACCAUGUUGGAUAAAAUUGGCCGAUUGCACUUACCUCUGUCUACUGCUCGAAUGUUACGACAAGCGAAAGCGAUUAUAAUUAAUACUUUUGUUGAGCUCGAGCUUCAUUCGAUUAAAUCCCUUGAUAAUGAUGAUGGGGUUCCGGUUAUAUACCCAAUUGGGCCUAUAAUCAACCUGAAUCAAGAACCUGAUGAGAGGAUUAAUAGCUGGUUAGAUGGGCAACAAGAUUCUUCUGUAUUGUUCCUCUGUUUUGGGAGCUACGGUUCCUUUAACGAGGAACAAUUGAAGGAAAUUGCAAUAGCCCUUGACCACAGCGGCUGCCGUUUCUUGUGGUCAUUACGGCAGCCGCAGGGCAAGGGUGAAAUACGUGCUUCGGACGAUGUUGCACGUCCGGAGCAAGUGUUGCCGGCUGGUUUCUUGACAAGAACUAUGAAUAGAGGGAAAGUGAUUGGAUGGGCACCUCAAGUAGCGGUGCUAUCUCAUAGGUCGAUUGGAGGAUUCAUAACGCACUGUGGUUGGAAUUCGAUACUGGAAAGCUUGUGGUUUGGAGUUCCGAUAGCAACAUGGCCUAUGUAUGCAGAGCAGCAAGUAAAUGCUUUCGAGAUGGUGGUUGAUUUAGAGAUAGCCGUAGAUAUAAAGAUGGAGUAUCGGAGUGAGAGUCCGGUUUUGGUCACAGCAGAGGAGAUAGAGAAUGCCAUAAGGAGACUGAUGUUGGAUAGUACAGAGGAGAAGAAUGGUAUCAGAAAGAAAAUGGAAGAACUGAAAGACAAAAGCAGGAAGGCCUUGUUAGAAGGUGGAUCAUCUUACUGUUUUCUGGAGAGUUUGAUCAAUGAGUUUAAGGACCAUUCGUCCAAUUGAAG